AUCAUUCAAAAACUGCAUUUUACGAAUGAUUAAAACUACAUUUCCCAUGAUGCAUUUGAUGAACUCUGUGACAGUUCUGACUUGAAUUUUGACCCAGGAAAGUCAACUUACAAUGUUUUGAAUGAGGACUGUUUAAGGGCUCAUGCGGAGACUCUUGUUCCUAGCACUGUCUGGUAGGACAGGACACUGUGCCCUCUCUUUCGCCGGCUUUCUCUUGUGCCCAGUGUGCCAGAAUGGCAGCAGAUGUUCAUAAUAAGGGUGCAGUUUGGGAAGUUAAAAAUGGCAACCUGGCACCAGCGGAACGACUCCGACAAGACCGGUCGGAAAGUCCGACCCCUGGCCUGGUGGAGGGGACAGAGCCAGGCGCUGGGCAGGAGGGGGCCAUGUUCGUCCAUGCCCAGUCUUUUGAGGACCUGACCGAACCCAACACAAAUGAAAGGUCAGCAGAGACAGGCGACUCGCCUCUGGCGAUGUCAGCAGAGGUGCAGAACGCUCAGGUGGAGGCAGUAGAAGGAGGUGAGGAGGAGACGCAGAAAGGAAGCUCUGAGGCUGAGACGAAGGAGGAAGUGCUGAGCAGCAACAAGGCGAAAGACGAGGAUGUGACGAGCGAAACUUGGCGUAGUCACAGGAAGCAUUUAUUUGUGCUGAGCGAGGCGGGCAAACCCAUCUACACGCGUUAUGGCGCGGAGGAGGCUCUCUCCAGCAUCAUGGGAGUCAUGAUGUUGCUCAUGUCCUUCGUUGAAGAUAAAAAGAACAUCAUACGGUCCAUUCAUGCAGAUGGCUACAGGGUGGUGUUCCUGCGUAAGAGUCCUCUCAUCCUUGUCGGAGUCUCUCGCACGAGCUGCACCGACCGCGAGCUGACACGAGAACUUCAUUACGUCUACUUUCAGAUCGUCAGCCUGCUCACUCUCACGCAGCUCAACCACGUCUUCCAGCACAGGCAAAGCUACGACCUGCGUCGUCUGCUGGCCGGGUCCGAGCAUCUCACCGACAACCUUCUGCGACUCCUGGACCGAGAUCCGGGCCUGCUGCUGAGCGCGGUCAUGUGUCUGCCUAUGGCCGGCUCGACUCGUGACGUAGUCUCUUCCAGCUUGCAGGCUGCUAAAUCCAAGAACUUGGUGUUUUCUAUCCUUCUAGCAGGAAACAGGCUGGUAACCCUGGUGCGCAAAAAGGACCAAUUUCUGCACCACAUGGACCUGCACUUGCUCUUCAAUCUUGUUGGGUCCUCGUCGUCUUUCCGAGAGGGAGAGGGAUGGACGCCCAUAUGUCUGCCUAAGUUCAACCCAGCUGGUUUUUUCCAUGCCCAUAUUUCCUAUCUGAAACCAGAAUCAGAUCUCUGUCUGAUCCUGGUGUCCACAGAUCGCGAGGACUUCUUUAACCUCUCAGACUGCAAGAAGAGGUUCCUCGAGCGGUUGCGCAAACGCAGUGCCUAUCAGUCCCUGCGGGAGGCGCUGAGCACGCCCAGUUAUCCCGUCUCGCAAGUCGGCAUCCCCGAGCUUCGGCACUUUGUCUACAAAUCUAAAAGCUCCGGACUCUACACAAGCCCUGACCUUCCAGUGCCGUAUCAAGAAGACAAUGAGCAUGAGAGGUUGAUUGGAUUGUACCAGUACUUGCACAGCUGCCUGCAUCACCCCACACGUCCUCUGCGCAAUAUAUAUCGCUGCGGAGAGACUGAAAACCUUUAUGCCUUGGUAACAAGUGGCUUUGAGCUCUACCUCUGCUUUAGUCCUCUGGGAACAAAGGCACUCGCCGUAUCUGCUGUCAAUAAACUGCUGAAGUGGAUCAGAAAGGAGGAAGAUCGUCUGUUUGUACUCAGUCCAUUAACCUACUGAUCCAGUUUGGGCCUGACGUUGAAAACACUGGCAAAUAUCUGAGCCCAGACUGUCAGAGGGCCAAAUUCUGCGGCCGUACUUGAACAAACAAAUGAAUGAAUGAUAAAAUUAAUAAGCAAUUUAAUAAAUGAAUUAACUGAUGAAUGAACAAACAAAUGAAUUAAGAUACUAAAGAAUGCUGGGGAUAUUUAGGGAUUACUUAUGGUUGAUUGCUGUUUUCAGGGCCACACAUGAUAGUGAACUGGUGAAAUGGUUGCAGCGGGUAUCAAGAAGAAAGUUUGUCUUGGUCUAACAAGCUGUAUUGGGCUGCCUUUAAGUGUGGCCCUGUUGUACAUUAGAGAUGAUAGAAUUAGCACUAACAAUCUAUCUUACAUUUCAUAACGCUGUUGAAUCUAAACUAAAAUUGUUUGACCUCUGCUUUUUUAAUUUAUAUACUAGACCUGUCACUGUUUCAACUUGAUAUAGUUUCUUUUCUAACUUUAUGGUAGCUUAAGGUUUACAAAUAUUACCUAUGCAUUAAAGGUGUAGCUCACCCUGAGAUUAAAAAAUAUUGUUUUUAACCUGCAUGAAUUUAGAAGUUGUUACUUUUAUGGUCCCUAGUUUUCACUGGGGUGGUACCCUUUCAAAAAUCGCACAUUUGUACCCAAAUGUUCAUAUUAGUACCCAAGAGAUGCAUAUUGGUACCAAAUGUAUAAAUACAUGUAUUCAAAGGGAACAAUUAAAAUUCUGUUAUCAUUUAUUCACUCUCAUGUUGUUACAAACCUGUAUACACUUUUUUUGUUCUGAUGACCACAAAUGAAGAUAUUUUGAGAUGUUUAAAACCAAACUGAUCAUGAGCCCCAUUAACUUCCAUAGUAUUCUUUCUUCCUACUAUGGAAGUGAAUGGGGCUCAUGAUUGGUUUUAUUUAAAAUAUUCUCAAAAUAUCUUGUGUUCAUCAGAACAAAAAAAUUAAUACAGUUUUGUAACAACAUGAAAGUGAGUAAAUGAUGACAGAUUUUUCAUUUUUGAGUGAACUGUCCCUUUAAUUGGUACAUAAUAAGAUCCUUUUUAAGGGGUACUGCCUUAGUGACAGCUUCAACCAAUUUUUUUGACAGUGCAUGUCAACUAAAGUAAAUGGUCUCCUUUUGUACCACAGAAUAAAAAAAGCAUGCAGAUUUUGGAAUAACCUGAUGGUGAGUAAAUAACCAGUUUUUUUUUUUUUUUGGUGAGCUGUUCCUUUUUUGAGAUUGCAGUUGUCCUUUACAUUUCUUUAAAUCAAGAAGUGAUUUAGGAGCACUUUGUCACAACAAAGCUUAAAGGUUAAGUUUAUGCUUCUAAAUAGGAUUGGUUACAUUCCAAGUGCAUCAUGUUGAGUGGACUAAAAGUGUUUCUUUGAUAACCAAACUGACUAUAUUUCUGUAAGCAGGCAUUUGAAUGUACAAGCACCAUUUGAACCAGGGGUGGGGAACCCUGGGUCCUGGAGGGCCACUGCCCUGCACAGUUUAGUUCCAACCAUAAUUAAACACACCAGAAAAAUCUAAUGAAAGUCUUCAGGAUUACUUGGAAAUGAAAUUCAGGUGUAUUUGAUUAGGGUUGUAACUAAACUUUGCAGGGCAGUGGCCCUCCAGGACCCAGGGUUCCCCACUCCUGAUUUAAACCCAGCACUUAAGGGAUACGACUGACAACUGUUUAAAGUACACAUGCAUUUUUUUUGUAUAUUGUCAAUGUAUAGCUUUCAUUUCAUUGGGUUUCUUGACUGACUGCCUUCAAAAUAAUCUAACUUUUUUUAUUAUGUCAUUUUUUUAAAAGUUUUUUUAGGUAGAUGCACUUGAUUGUUGAAUUGUUACUAAUGCUUUAAAUGUGAAGUGUUAUUUCUGCAAGACUAGCACCAAACAGAAUUGCUAAUGUUUCCGAACCCUCCCUAUAUGUCUAUCAUUGUUUGGAGGAAGAGAUGUUCCCAUUACAAAUGUAUGACAUUUGUUAAACCAUAUAAUGAUUCAGCUCAAACAGAUUUUGUGUAAAAUUGCACACUUUACUCUUUGAUUUAAUUGAAUAAGUGAAACUUGCGUGUAACAAGAACCAAUUAUGUACUCGGUUCAUGUUAUCCAUUGGUUGGAAUGGCAUAAUAGAGGACACAUAUUUAAAUAUAUUGGCACUUAUGAUGAAACUUAUAAUGACA